AUUGAGCCCAGGCAUGGACAACAGUUGAUUUUUACGGCUCGUCAUGUUCGGUUGUCGUUGAAUAUUGUAGCUCCCUCUAUCGCUAAGUCAAACUUAAAAACACACACACAAAAACAAAACAGUUUUUAUUGUUUUAUUCUCUGUUUCUUGAGUUUGAACCAAAGAAAAAGAAAAAUCCGACAGAUACGUUUUCGUGGUAAAAAAGUUAAAAAAAAGAAAAACCUUCUAUACGAGAUCCCGGGAAUUAGAUUAUGGUCCUUGGGACUACGAAACGAACGAGAGUGCAACUUCGACUUCUUUUCGGUUGUCCAAAUUAACGCCUAGGAGUUUUUUUGUGAGAUGUGAUUAAGCCCAAUUUGAUUAUAAAGAGUACCCUCAUCUAUACCUGUGGUGUUUCUUUUUUGUUGUGUGAAUUAAAAAUAUGUUUUCAAAAAUGAAAACAAAAAUUAGAAAAAAGUGUAUACCUACCUAAUCAUUAAAAAACCCUCAAAUAAAUACCUACCAUUUUUGUCAAAAAGGUGAUUUUGUCAUCUCGUGAAUUGUGUGUACCUACUCCCUACUCAGUACUCACCCUCUUUUAUAUAAUUCACGGUUACUUUGGAGGUGACGGUGAAUGCGAAGGAGACUGUGACGCCGACUGUGAAGGUGACUGUGACGGUGACAAAAGAUAGUUAAAGUCACGGAAGCUAAAUUUAAAAAAAUAAAUGUAAAAUUUUACCCACGAUAACAAUAAAAUUUUAUGAUCCAAUUGUGUAUUUCAGUUUCUUUCGACGCGAGACGCGAAAAAAAACAGCUUACCAUCAGCGGUUUUGCAUCAGUUCGAAUUUAAUACCUAACAUUAAGCUGUAUAUAUUUUGAGACAACACAAAUUGAUAUUUAAAAAACAAACUAAACAAUUGACAUUUAAAAUAUAUGUACAUAGAUAUGCACAACAGAAAAAUAGCCUAAUCGAGGAGAAAGGCAAAAAGUUUAAUAAAAAGUAAUCUCUCCCAUGGAAUAAAUAAAAGUUGAACGUUUUGUAUUGUUAUUUUGUUUUUUCGUUCCUGGUCUCGAAAGGUUAUUAUGGGGGCUGUUGUUUAAGUCCAUAGCUUGCUAUAACAUCAAUUAUUAUUAUUAUUGUUGGAUUAAAGGUAAAUCUUCUUUCAAAGUCACAUUACUUAACAUCUAAGAGACUGUGUGUGUUUAUCUUUACUCGAAAGUGCUUCAGAGAAGUGCAGUGUUUUGUGCGGGUUGUUUGUUUGUUUGUUUGAAAAGAUUUUUUGUUUUCUAAAAAUGUCUCCUAUCCUUGGAUGGAAUGAAAAAAAAGUUUACAUUUUUUUAUUAUUCUUGAAAAUUUAAUGACAAGUGAAACACCAUAAUACCUACUUAACUAUUGCUUAGAAAAGAAAACGAAAUUGUUUUUCCAUUUCUUGUUUGUUUGCUUGUUUGUUUGUUUGUACUUUUAUCUCGAAAAAAAAGAUUCUUUCUUUUUUGUGGAAUUUUGGAUGGAGUACUGAUUAUUAUGGACUUUUCUUCAAAUAGUACCUGUUUAUUAUAUAUGUACGUAGGAUAAUUGCUUUUAUAUGGAAUGUCGAUUAAGAUAAUUUUCUUCCUCUUCUUUGAAGACUGAAGUUCCUUUGCACCAGAUAUCCUUUAUUUAAAAAAUGGAUUAAUUUUGUGUCAUCUCUAUUUUAAGACUAUAUUAACAACACUAGUGUUUCAAAAACUUCCAUGCAGCAUCUGAUGAGUUGACUUUCUUAAAGUCUAACCGAACCUGCUCUCAAAUGAUAUUUAUAAUCAAAGACUGACUCCUUUAAAUAAAAAAAUACAAGAACCACAUUAUAAUCAAUUUAAAAUAUCAUUAUAACAUGUCCUGUGGUCUGCAGGCAAUGUGCAACAAUAACAACAAUAGUUUACACCUCGCCAUGAUGGAUCAAGAUCCAAAAGAUCUUCAAACAGCUCAGCUUGUAAUAGAAGAGCUGAGAGCAAAAUGUCGUUUUCAAGCCGAGCACAUUAUGAAAUGGAAGAAAGCUUAUGCUAUUCAGAUCCAACAACACUAUCGGUAUCAGAAAGAGAAAACCGAACAAAUGAAUGGACUGACAAGUCAGUUGCUUCUUCUCGAAUCUCGACUGAAACGAAAACAAAAACAAAUCGCUGGCAUCAUCUGUCAUCGUGAAUUGACAAUUCUACGUCAACAAAAAAUAAUUGACACUUUGUCAAGUCGUUUGGUCGAUCAUGGACUUGACACCUUAGAUCCUAGUUACACCGAUUUUGAUUCUUUGAAUGAUUCCGAUUCGGCUGUCGUACUCGAAGAUAUCGAUUCCGAUUGUAAUUCAUCGUUUUCGAUGCGAAGAAAAGGAAGUUGUGGUGAUGUGACGGUAGUUCGUUCCAUAUCGGAUGCAAUCGAAACGAAUAUGAAUAAAUACGGAGGGGCUAGACGAAGCAAUUGUUUCCUACGACGUCCUGACAUUCUCGAGACUGUGUACAGUGUCGAAGAGGAUCCAGAACCCCAGCAGACGGAUGUGGCCGAAAAGCGUGAUAAGUUCAAAAAUCGAUCUGAAAAGGCAGUUUUAGUAAGUUCGCUCGAAGGCCAGCUGGAUGAGGCUAAAGGCCAUAACACCAAAGAUACGUCGUCAUCUGGCAUUUCGCCAACGACAGCGACUACUGCUUCAAAAAUAAGUCGCAGUGAUUCAAGUGAUAAUUCAAUAAAUACAACAGCAGGUGGAGCUGGAGCUGGAGGAGCUUCGUCGUCCUCGUCUCAAGCUGGAUAUAAUGUAAAUGGCGUCAAACAGUCCCAAGUGACGAAUUUCAAUCGAGUUAUGUCAAAUCAUCGUUCUGUCACAAAACCCAAAGAUGUCAAAUACAAACGAAUUAACAAGGCGAAAUCGAAGAGUCUCGAGGAACUUCGCGGCCGUCUCAAACACUGGGUAGAACGGGGCAGUGUUAUGGAUCCUACUGGUAUUGGCGGUUUGACAGAUAAUAUGCCGCAAACAGCACAGAGCUAUGCGUGACACUUGGGGAAACUAAUCGAACGGAUCCGGCCGUCAUCACCAUCAACAGCGGCAGCUGUUAUUGCCCUCAAUCCUACCGGGCGAGGCGUUGUUGAUGGUAAGAAUGGUCGGGGACGAUUUAGUUUUUAGUUAUGGGUUUAUUUUUAUUUUUAUUUUGUGUUAUAUUUUUGUUUGUGUAUUAUAAUUUAUAAUGUGAUCUUAAGAUUUUAAAUUAAACAAAAUUAAAUAUAAACAAUUAACUAAUUAAAUAAAAGUUUCCUUAGUAGGUUAGUUUUUAAUAUAAUUUUUUAAAGAAUUGGGUGAUACAACUUUGUUUUAACCUCCUUUUUGAACAAAAGUGUAACUAUUUAUUUUUUCUCAUUUUUUCAAAAAUUGUUUUUACUUUGUUUUUAAAAAAUCUCUCUUCAAGAAACAUAUCGUCGUGAAAAUCAAUUAUUAAAUCUUAAAAGUAAUUGCGAUUAUUCUAUAGUUAGUCUAAAAUGGAAAAUAAAACUUUUUUUAAAUAAAACAAUUUGGAAUAAAGUUAUUAAAAACCAAACACAAUAAUGAGCAUGUAAAUAAAGCCAUCAAAAAACAAUUAAACAUUUUUAAAUAAUAAAAUUAACACUUUUUUUAUGUGCACUAACUUGAGCCGUAUGAAUUUGUACAAUUUACUGAUUAGAACAGAAAACAACAAACACAAAAUAAUAAACAAACAAAAAUACAGUUAUUAUUACUAAAAAUAAAUAUUUUAGAACACAACAAAAUAUAUUCUAUUAUGUAUUAAAAUAAAAACAAUCAACUAGUGAUGCUUUGUACAAUUUUUAUACAAACAGAAAGAAGAAAGUUUUAAGAAAUAUAUAAGAAAUCUUUUAAAAGAAUUGCCCUUUUUUGCGGUGGUUAGGGGUGAACAUAUUUUGUGUAAAUAAAAGGAAAAUAUUUAUAAUCAUAGGUAAAAUACAAACAAAAAAAUAUAAAGAAAAUUAUGUACAGCAUUCAAAAGUGUCAAAGUACCUUAAAAUAUUCCUAAUGUAAAAUUAAAUUUAGAAUCAAAUAUUUAUUGUAAUUUAUACUUUAGAUUUUCAGACAUACUACGAAAAAAAAAUUCUUUCACACAAAAACUUUGAAUCUUCCUGGCAGAGAAAAAAAAGUAUAAUAUAAUAUUUUCAGAUCAAAUUAAUAAUGGUUUUUUCAAAAUAUGGCAAGUUAAUUUUUGAACCUAUUUUAUUUGGAACUUUCUUAAGUCUACUAUUUAAAAAAUAAAAGUUCAACAAUUUUAAGUAUAAAACAUUUCUUACAAGAAUUCUUUAUUUUCAAAGCUUUAACACUUCAAAAUUCUUGUUUUUUAGUAUUUAUUUGAUUUGUUUCAAAGGAUUUAUAAUUUUAGUUAAUGAGUUGACCGUAUUUUUUUCGAAAGAAUGAUUUUUUUCGCAUUUUAUUCAUUUCAUAUUGAUCCAAAAUAUCAUAAAUAAAUACAUUUUAUGGAGAACUAGCGAAGCCCAUUCAAGAUUUAUUAAAUCAAAUAAAACCCGGAACAAAAUCCAAUAAAUUGACUGUAAAAUUAAAUUGAGCUGGAAUUUGAAUCUAGGAGUUUGUCAAUUCGUAAAAAAAGUUUCAAUAUCCAAAAGGUAGGAGUAGAUAUGCAGUACAAUAGACUAUUGGAAAAAGUUAAUUGAAAAAUACAGUAAACUUAGAAUGCUCUUUGUUUUUUACUUCAACGAAACACCCUUAGCAAAAAACAUUCAACUUAAGUAUGACACGAACAAAUAUUAAGUGGAAAUUUAAAGCGUUUUACGAAUAAAUACUUUACAGUCCGUGUUCUUAACUUAACCGAAGGUCCUUAUUGUUCGAAAAACACUCGUGGCUUAAAAGGUAUUUAUUUAAAAGGAAUCAAAAUGGUUUAUGGGCUAAAAAGAUAAUAACAGCAACAGGUACUACAUAUGCCACGGGUAGACCUAAGUCCUAAAUUUGCUGUUGCAUUGCUUACAGCUUUUUCCCUUCUGUAUUCAGGGACUCCACACUAUACACUAUACAACUAUUCAAGAUUAUUUGUAAUUUGAAGUAUUUCCGGAGAGACAGGGAUAUUUACUCGGUCACACAUGGAACGUGACAGCAGCACAAGUUAAAAUAAAAAGAUGAAUAAAAAAUCAAUUACAACAAUUACAAAGCAAUUUUUGAAUCUGUUUGCAUUUCAAAAUCCCUAUUCUUUGUUUUAGAAACAUAUUGAAAGAUAGAUAUCGGUUCGUAUUCCGAAGUGUACAUGUUUUUGGAAACCAGUAGUGUUUUUACUAUUAAAGC